AUGUCUUUACUACAGAAAUUUGGAAGUUUCCGUGAAAGAACAUCACGAAGAAGCGAACUAGUGACUAGCAUUCAUCAAACAACCACAGCAACACCCACAACACCCACAGCAAAAACCACAGACCAAACAAAAACAUCAUCGAAAUUUAAAUUCAGUAAAAAACUCCACAUUCCAUUCUUCAACAACACUGCAAAAACAGCACCAUCGGAUGCCACACUUCACCCAACUGUUCACUCGCCAUCUCCAUCAUCAAAUAGCAGCACCACAUUAGUAAAUGAUUUGGAUGAUGAUAAAGCUUCAGCAAAAUCGGUUUCAUCAUCACACAAGAAGAAUAAUCUUCAUCAACGUCGUCAGACAAUCAUUCAUCGUAUUGAUAAUGGCUGCAAACGAAAUACUAUUUGGACAGAUACAGUUGAUACGGAAUUGGCUAAUAAUUUGUCUCCUUUGGAAUUAAAACGUCAAGAAGUUUUAUUUGAAAUAAUAAAAACAGAAGCAGAAUAUGUACGAGACCUUCGAUUGAUCGAAGAACUUUUCAUUCAACCAAUCAAAGCGGCCGAGGCUAAAUGCAACAAGACAGCAGUCCCAGAGAAUCUUACUAAAGUGUUCAAUGCCAUCUCAUACUUCCUAUUCAUCCAUGAGGUCAUCAGCAAUUGCUUAAAUGAACGACAAGAGAAUGAAGCUCCAUUAGUACGAAGUAUCUCUGAUAUCUUAUUAGCCUACGUAUGGGUCUUCCGUGCAUAUGCACCAUAUCUUAUCCACUACGAAGAAGCUUUACGAGAACUUAAUGAAAGUCUACGACGAAAGGAUAAACUAGGAAGAUUAGUCAAAAAGCAACAAAAAAUACCAGCAUGCCGUAACAUGCCAUUGACAACAUACUUAUUAAAGCCAUUCCAACGUCUUCUUAAAUAUCCACUCUUGAUUCAAAAUCUGCUCAAAUACACCGACAAAGACUUAGGGAACGACUAUGAAAACACUGUCACCCUGAAAACAAAACUCGACGACGUUCUUCAGGAUGUCGAGGAACAAAAACGAACACACGAGAACAAGGAACGUCUUCGUGGUCUUGAAUCAAGAAUCCACGGAUUAGCCGGAUUCCGAUUGGCAGUUGACAAUCGACAAUUACUACGAGAAGAACCAGCUUUUCAAUAUUUAACACUCGUGAAGAAACCAUCAGUUCGUAAAUCUUUGACUGUCUUGACAUCACCAUCAGCCAAUCUUAGACGUCAUUCAGUACGAAAUCUUUAUGCAUUAGAAUGUAACGAUAUUGUAUUGUUGGCCGAGAAGACUGGCGAGAAUCGUAAUGGUGAUGCGAUCUAUCGACUGAUUUCAAAUCCACAAAGAUCACCUUUGGAUGAAGAACCAGUGAUCGUUCGUAAAGCAUCGGAUUCUGGAGUUUUUUACGACAACUAA